UGUAACCUGAAGCGUCUGUAACCUGAAGCGUCUGUAACCCGAGGUACCACUGUAAAUGAGAGAGAGUAAAAUUCCUGAAAAUAACAAGGUAUUUGGCUGAUGCCCAAAGGAUGACAAGGUAGGCCUCCUUGAGGAUUGAUUUCUAUACAGGGGUGCCACCACUGAGAAGGCUCCCUCUGGUCAUCUGGAGAACAGGAUCCAAGCACUUGGAGAACAGGAUCCAAGUUCUGCCUCUGGAGCAAAGGUAGCCUGGCCCCACCAGCUCUCUGGAUGGAAAAGCAACUGAGAACAACGAGAAAUAUGCUCUGAGCCAUAUGCGAAUGAGAUGAGCAGUGACAAACUGAACAAAUGUAAUUUUAGGGAAAAAGCAUUGGUGCUCGCCCUCCACCAGUACAUUAUUAAGUUGUAUUCUCUUAAAAUAUUUGCUCGCUGCUAAAAUUAGCUCUUGAUUAAGGGGUUUAUAUACUUCCCAUAGGAAGUCUCACUAACCUAAACGAAUUAUGGACUGCAGCAACCUAUAAGGACUUGUUCGGUGACAAAGUACAGACUUUGUAUGCAGCCAUCUCUAUUCCUCAUGCCCCCCCCAAAAAAACCCUGAUUCCUCCUCUUGAGAUGUCUGAGCUGCUGCUAGACAGAAUACCGAGCACCGGACUAGCUGGACUAAUAGUCUGACUCAGUAUAAUACAACUUUGUAUGUUCACAGUAAACUCCUCUGUUAUCUAAACGAAUUUUACCCACACACCCCCUACACUAUAUAACCUUGUGCCCAAUUGACAGCAUGUGUUACCAUGUGUUAGUGAACUCUCAAAUGCAUUUAAAACAAGAUGAAGAUGCACAACAACUUUCUGAUUAAAACAUAGCAUUUAUUUUGCAAAGCAUACUAUUCACUGGUUGUUUUAUGUUGGUUUUUUGCUUUUAAAUAUAUUGAUUCCUUCAGCUGAAAUUAGAUAGCAUGAAACUCUGGAUUAUUCUGCUGGCUGUUGCAGUCAGCACAGAAGAAAUACAAAGACAGAACAGUUGCAAUGAAAGGUUUCCUGGGAUCCCUGGGAACCCUGGACACAACGGCAUACCAGGACGUGACGGACGCGAUGGACCAAAGGGAGAAAAAGGAGACACAGGUGAACCAGGACAUCCUGGAAAAUCAGGCACAGAUGGCAUAAAUGGAGAAAAGGGAGAUUCAGGAGCUGAUGGCAGAGUUGAAGAGAAAGGGAACAAAGGCAAUAAAGGGUCAAGAGGCUGGCCUGGGAAAUUUGGCCCUAAGGGAAUUCCUGGUCCUGUGGGUGAUAAAGGUCAAAAGGGUGAGCUAGGACUGCAAGGACAAAAGGGGACAAAAGGGGACAUUGGACCCAUUGGCCCAAAAGGACUUAAAGGUGAAAUUGGAGUCCAAGGCGAAAUAGGCUUAAGGGGUCCCGUUGGACCUAUUGGCCCCAUUGGUCCAAAAGGAGAGGUGGGAGGCCCAGGUCCAAAGGGCAGUAGAGGAAUCCAGGGAGAAAGGGGAUGGAAGGGAGACAGGGGAGAAAAGGGAAAACUUGGUAGUACCCCAGUCAUCCCAAGAAGUGCCUUCAGUGUAGGUCUUACCACUAAGUUUCCUCCUCUCAACGUUCCCAUCAAAUUUGACAAAGUGAUGUAUAACGGCUUAAACCAUUAUAACACAGCCACUGGGGUAUUCACCUGCCAGAUUCCUGGUGUCUAUUACUUCACCUACCACAUCACUGUCUAUUCAAGGAACGUUAAAGUAGCUCUUAUUAAAAAUGGGAACAGGAUGCUCCACACCGCAGACAGCUACCAGAGUGGUGAAGACCAGGCCUCAGGAGCGACCAUCUUGGAGCUGCAGAAAGGUGAUCAGAUAUGGCUGCAGACCCAUGGGACUUCUAAUGGCUUGUUUGCAGACCCUGAUGAUGACACGACCUUCACAGGCUUCCUUAUAUUUAGUACCUCAGAGACAACAGCGCCUAUACCACUCCUUAGUUUGUGAUCUGUUUUGUUUCUAAUGUGAUGCCAAUUAUACAUACUAUUACUUAUUUCUCACAUCAAGAUUUGUAUGGCAACAAAGCUCACAAGAGCAUAUUAAUAGCUCCUUGCCAGUGACAUAGUCCUUGAUGCUAAACAUUUUAUAAAUAUUCCCAGGAGCGGUUUUGUUGGUUUUGAAAACUAGGCCAACUAGGCCAUAUCUCAAUUUAUACAAAAUUCUGCCUGCAACACCAUAUGUAACCCUCAGAAUCACAAAUGUGGAGAAUUAUCUUACCCUGGGAUGAGAGGGUAUUGCUGUUUGUUUGUUUUAAAUGAGGAGAUUAAGCUCCCAUACUUUUUGCCAUAAUAGCUAGACCUGGAUUAAAUAGUACAACCUACUUUUGUAUGCCCAUGGCAAGAUGCAUUGAGCUUGUUUGCUAGAUGCUGCAUCAGAACCUGAAGAAAUUCAUCCUAUUUCUGCCACUCCCCACCCUCUCAAGUUCCCAGUUAAUCUGUAGAACUUGGGUUUUCUGUUUUGCAGUGGUGACAAACCAAGCAAAUUCAGGUUCUCUGUUAUGGUUGGAGCUGUAGCUGGCAUUUUCCCUGUUGUUGUUUAGUCGUUUAGUCGUGUCCGACUCUUCGUGACCCCAUGGACCAGAGCACGCCAGGCACCUCUGUCCUCCACUACCUCUCGCAGUUUGGUCAAACUCAUGCUGGUAACCUCGAGGCAUUUUCCCUAACAUGCUACAAUG